GCUGCGCGGCGUCAUCCUGCAGCAGCAGCCCGUGGAGGCGUUCCUCGGCGUGCCGUACGCCACCGCGCCCCUCGGCUCGCUGCGCUACAUGCCCCCCGUCACGCCGUCCAUGUGGAAGACGCCGCGGCUCUGCGACGCCUUCUCGCCAGUGUGCCCGCAGCGCGCGCCCUCCAUCGGCAACCGCACCGAGGCGCUGCUGGAGUUCCCCCGCGGCCGCCUCGUGUACCUCGAGAAGCUGCUGCCGCUGCUGGCCAACCAGAGCGAGGACUGCCUCUACAUGAACAUCUACGUGCCGCAGGAAGCGGACUUCGACUCGCCCACGCUGCCCACUGUGGUGUACGUGCACGGCGAGUCGUACGAGUGGAACUCGGGCAACCCGUACGACGGUAGCGUGCUGGCCGCGCACGGCCGCCUCAUCGUCAUCACCCUCAACUUUAGACUGGGAAUCCUAGGCUUCCUCAAGACUGGCGCCAAAAGCUCGGCGCAGGGCAACUUCGGCCUGAUGGACCUGGUGGCGGCCCUGCACUGGCUGCGCGAGAACCUGCCCGCGUUCGGCGGCGACCCGCAGCGAGUCACUCUCAUGGGCCACGGCACGGGGGCGGCGCUGGCCAACGUGGUGGCGGUGUCGCCCGUCGCAAAGGAGCUGCUGCACCGGGUGGUACUGCUGUCGGGGUGCGCGCUGAGUCCCUGGGCUCUGCAGCGCGACCCGCUGGCCGUGAAGCGCCGCGUGGCGGAGCAGACGGGGUGCCACGGCGACCUGCUGGAGGACGACCUGGCGCCCUGCCUGCGCGCGCGCCCGCUGCACCAGCUGCUCGCCGUGCGCCUUGACCCGCCCCGCUUCCUGCCCGGCUUCGCCCCCUUCGUGGACGGCGCCGUGCUGCUCGGCGCGGGCUCCACCUCGCUCGGCGACCUGGGCGGCGGCGCCGAGCUGGCAGACUUCCCCACCCGGGACCUCAUGUUCGGCCUCACCACCACCGAGUCCUACCUGGACCUGUCGGCGCAGGACCUCGAAUUCGGCUUCAACGAGACGCGGCGGGACCGCAUCCUCAGGACCUACGUGCGCAACGCGUACCUGUACCACCUCAACGAGAUCUUCGCCACGCUCAAGAACGAGUACACGGACUGGGAGCGGCCGGUGCAGAACCCGCUGAGCGUCCGGGACGCCACGCUGGAGGUGCUCUCGGACGGACAGACCACGGCGCCGCUGCUGCGCGUCGGCUUCCUGCACACUGCCAGGGCGCGGGGCGGCACGCGCGGCGGCAGGACCUACUUCAUGCACUUCAAGCACCAGAGCGGCGAGCGGGACUUUCCCCAGCGGUCGGGCAGCGUGCGCGGCGAGGACAUCCCCUACGUGCUGGGGCUGCCCCUGGUGGGCGGCAGGCCUUUCUUCCCGCACAACUACAGUGGCCCGGACGCGCAGGUCUCGCUCAUGCUCAUGAGGUACCUCGCCAACUUCGCUCGGAGCGGGGACCCCAACAGCGCCAUGGACAACGUUCCUCGCGCGCCGACUGAAAACCCCGAGGACUCCGGCCUGGGGCUGGGGCACAACAUGGACCUGGAGCCGCCGCCGUUCUGGGACACCUACGACGCCAUCAACCAGAUCUACCUCGAGCUGGGCACCUCCACCAAGACCGAGAGCCACUACCGCGGCCACAAAAUGUCCCUCUGGCUCAACCUGCUGCCCCAACUGCACCGGCCCGGCCUGGACGAGCUCAACAUGAGGCAUCACCACUUCCAGGAGGAAGGCGCCCAGUAUUAUGACGGCUCGGUGCGUCCGCAGACCUUCCAGCGGCCGGUGCCGCAGGUGCCGCCGCCGCCGCCACCGCCGAGCACGCCGACGACGCCGUCCGAGGCGGGCGGCCCGGGCGCCAUCAACGUGGAGACGCUGCGGCCCAACAACAACAACGUCAACAACAACAUCCUGCUGCGCAAGUUCGCCAACAGCCACUACCAGAGCUACACCACGGCGCUGUCCGUCACCAUCGCCGUGGGCUGCUUCCUGCUGCUGCUCAACAUCCUCAUCUUCUUCGGCAUCUAUCACCAGCGCGACCGCGCCAGCAACGCCGAGAAGAAGAAGAAGCAGCGCAAGAAGAAGGAGGAGCUGGCGGAUAGCUGCUCCAGCAGCUCGGCCGACGGCCACCACCUGGAGACCAAGCACGCCCUGGCGGCGCUGGUGGACGAGAUGCCGGGCCACGGCGGCCACGGCGGCCACGGCAUGGCGGGCAUGUCGGGCAUGGGCCUGGCCGGGAUGGCGACCAGCCCCAUGGUGGACAUGCCGCUGCAGGAGUUCAACUGCUCGCCGCCGCCGGGCUCCAAGCGGCCCAUCGCGUCCAACGCCGCCGGAUAUAAUGAAUCAUCUGAUAUGGGCACAAUUGGAAAGAAUUUUACAAAGGACAUUUUGUGGUUGUUGAGCAAACUCUGGCUGUUAGCUGGGAGUGCUGCUUACAGCUUUGAGUGA